UCCAGAAAGGUAAUUUCUUGCCAAAAAUAAAAUGCACAAAAAUCAAUGAACGAGCUAAAAGCAUGCACUAAGAAAAAGGAUGAGAGAGAGCAAAAUUCAGGGUAUUUAAUUGUGUGACGAGAACCUGUGUGACAGUUUUUGAUAGAUGGGCUUAGGCUUUGAGCUGUAAUGCUGCUCUCACGGCAGUCAUUAAAACCGGAUGGUGAGGCUGAUGGGUGCACUGUCUGCAUCUAUGCAUGCUUAAGCCACCUCACUUGUUUGUAUUUAAUAGAGGAACAGCGAUAGAUCAGCACUUAGGGUGCAUUAAACAGAAUAAUGUUGCAUUAUUUUUUAUGGCAGGUGAAUUCCAACAUGAGCUCAUACAUCUUGCAUGUUCUGUAAUGUCUAAGUUUGUUUCUGUCUGGUGAAGUACAAUUAACCCACACAUUAAAAACCCUGCAAAAAUCCAUAUUUGUAUGUAAAGGAUAACUAGUUGCACCAUUUUAUCAGCUGUGCGAAUCAUCACUUCUGAUCUCACAGUUUAUACACUACUAAAUCAUACACGGCAAAACUAAGCACAUCAUUUUGGAAGGUCAAGUAUGUCCAAUGCAUGACUCAGUUUACCAUUUUAUUUCAGAUGCUGAUGCAUUUUGGCAAACAAGAUUUAAUCAGAGCUCCACAAGAUCAGUAUUCUGCAAGGACGUUUAUAGAGAAUAAGCAAUAGGGAACUAAUAUGAUAUAUAAUAAAUAACUUACUAAACAAAAACAGUAAAUACUUUGCACUAUAUGACAUAUACAAAUUUCACUCUGGAAUCUUAAAAGUAUACAAUGUAUACAGGCAUCCAAGUGUAACACUGGAGCCAUAGCAUCACAUUUAUUUUUGUAUUUUUGGAGUGGCACCAUCCCAGUUCAUCACACAUUAAGGAUGAGUCCAUUUACACAAACCCUCCUCGGCUAUUGAAAUGCAUUUCUGGCCUGUUUUCUCUCCCUCUUCUAAGACCAAUAUUUUACCUCUCAACAAUUGAUUGGCCCUCCACCCCCCUUCGUACUUUAACUCAGUCCAUUAUGUUGUGCAGAGUCAUCAGCUGUGAACUAUACUUAAAUUCUUCUUCACUCUCAUUGCCCUCCCUCACAUUAUAAUGAUAUCAAGACUCACUCAUGUCUAAACAACAAAAAAUAAAAAAGUACUCUGCAUGUAUGUUAUGUGGAGCAUUUUACACAAGCUACAAAUUGAUCUCCGAGGUGUGUAGCUCGCCUUUGCAGCACAGAUAUAAUUCACUUUAACUUUACUAUUCUUAACUACAAUGCCAUAAACAAAGCACCGUUUUGGUCACAGUGUUUUUAAGCUCUGAGUGAAUCCUCCUGAGUUAUGGAGCACGUGUAUGGCUGAACGUUCUACUAGACACAAGCAGCGCCACACAGGGCAGGGCAGGCUCCUUCAUUCUAAGUGCUGUUCAUAGCUCAGCCAUCUGCAGAUGUGGAUCAAUGCUUGGUUUUACAGCUUUGCAUCUUUGAAAUGACUGAGCAAAUAAAGACAGCAUAAACUGUCAAUCAGUGACUAUUAGUAAAGAAGAUUCCUUAACAACCCCCCACCCCCUGCCUUACCAACCUCAAAUAUACACACACACACACACACACACACACACACAGCUCAGGACAGAGUGAGAGGAGAUGGAGUGAGUGGGGCGUGGAGCCCCUGACUUGAUGGAGUUGUGGGAGAGAUCCUAAAAUGAAUUUUGGCCAGGAGGUAAAAUGCCAGCGAGUAGUAACAGAGAUGGAUGAUAUGCGUGUGGAGAAAGCUUUGGAUAAUUUUGGGGGAUUAACACUCAACAAAUUCGAUAUUUAUUUGCACAUGAUGGACUUUGAACUUAAAGGAGGAUGCUCUGCAGGCAAUCUACUGUCUAACUGGUCAGUGUCAGGGGUUUUGUUGAAGUGAAUAUAACUGCUGAUGCCUGUUCAAAAACACUGAUAAAAAAGGACUUGGCAGGAGGAAGUUAACAUUAAGUUUUUUUAAAGGGGCUUUUGUGCAGGCGGGAUCUAAUGCAAGGCAACAAUGGGAUUGGAUGGCAUGGAAGUAAUUGCCAUUGCUGUUGUUAUCGGACUGUUUGUUGUCGUGCUCAAACAGUUUGGGGUUUGGGAGCCCUUGUCACUGGAAGACAGCUGUGACGGCGAUCUAGAACUCUCAAUGGUGCGCCAUCAACCUGAGGGCCUCGAUCAGCUCCAAGCCCAGACACAGUUCACCAGGAAGGAGCUGCAGUCGCUUUACAGAGGCUUCAAAAAUGAAUGUCCCAGUGGGCUUGUGGAUGAGGAAACAUUCAAGACUAUUUACUCACAGUUCUUCCCUCAAGGAGAUGCAACCACAUAUGCACAUUUCUUGUUUAACGCAUUUGACAUGGACAGAAGUGGCUCCAUCCGGUUUGAGGACUUUGUGAUAGGAUUGUCUGUGUUGCUUAGAGGCUCUGUUACAGAGAAACUUCGAUGGGCAUUCAACUUGUAUGAUAUCAACAAAGACGGCUACAUUACUAAAGAGGAAAUGAUGGCAAUAAUGACAUCCAUUUAUGACAUGAUGGGCAGGUAUACCUUACCUAGUGUACGAGACGAUUCUCCUUAUGAGCAUGUGGAGAAAUUCUUCCAGAAAAUGGACCGGAACAGAGAUGGAGUGGUGACUAUUGAUGAAUUCAUAGAAACCUGCCAAAAGGAUGAAAAUAUAAUGGCUUCCAUGCAGCUCUUCGAGAAUGUCAUCUAGUUUCUGUAGAGGGACGUGGAUCGGUAAUGUUGCAUAGUGCUUCCAGCUGCAAGCAUCUGGGCUUGAAGUUACUUCAUCCAUCUUAAAAAGGAGAAACUGGGUCAUGCAACACAUUUGACACAUUUUAAUACAAAGUGGCAAAAACUAUUACUUUUGCUGACAAACUGUUCUAAGCAGAGACGUGCAGAAUUCACAGAAUCACUUAAAGAAAUUUUUUUUCUUUGCAUGACAAUUUUGUUUUUGCACCUGAAGGAAAAACUACCACCAAUACCCUUGCUAUACAGUAUGUCAUUACGAGAUGAGCAUGACUGCUUGCAAGCAUGUGAUGCAAACCACAUUGAACACAAACAAGGGGUUUUAUCGAUGACCACUUUGAAACUUGGGCAAAUGAGAAUACUUUGUUACUGUAUUACAUAUAUAAUGUAAAGAUUAUAAUUAUGUUUCUAUGUUCUUUAGAUUUCAGUGUAAUCGCAAUACCAUGUCAUUGUCAUGUUGACCCAAAACUUAGUGAAAUAAAUAUAUACCUUCACAUAUCUAUUGACUAUUGACUAUCUUCUCUUUUUACACAACACACAAAGCUGGGAUUUGUAAAAGCAGUGAGAUGUUCACUGUACCCUAGAGAAAUUUUAACAUCUUGCAAAUGAUUACACCAAGUGUUAUAUUUAAAGUUAUGCAACUAUGUAGCUGCAAAACAGCAAUAAAACAAAGUUCAAUGCAACAUGCUACAUGUAACAUGAAAAAUG